AAAAACCAUUGGAUUGGUUCACAAGAAUGAAAAUAGCAGCAGGAGCAGCCAAAGCCCUCCUUCAUUUACAUGAUGUAGCUGACCCUCCGAUAAUUUAUCACAAUAUGAAAGCAUCAAACAUACUUCUUGACGAGAACUACAAUCCAAAAUUAUCAGAUUUUGGCUUAAAAAAGCAGACAAGGGUGAUGGGAGCCUAUGGAUGUUAUGCUCCAGAAUAUGCAUUUACUAGACAAUUUACAAAAACUACUGAUGUUUAUAGCUUUGGUGUUUUGCUUUUGGAGCUCAUCACUGGAAGGAAAGCUGUAGACAUUACCAGACCAAAAAACGAGCAGUAUGUUGCUGAUUGGGCUGCACAUCUUUUUAAAGAUAAAAGGAAAUAUCCAACAAUGGUGGAUCCAUUCCUCAAUGGAAACUAUCCGAUUAAGGGCCUUCACCAAGUCCUCGCAAUAGCUAACAUGUGCCUCCAAUAUGAAGCAAGCAGUCGCCCGCUGAUGAGUGAUAUUGUUACUGCAAUUGAGUAUUUAAUCAAGCCAGAGUCUGAUUGUUCGGAGCCCUUGGAACAAUCUUUCAUUUCUGAUCAGUUAAUUUCUUUAGACCAUGAAAAGUUGAACUUUCAAUCAAUUCCAGGCAGUAGCAGAAUGCAAAGUGCUGCCAUGAGCUUAGAUGAUGAGUCCUUUCAAUCAUCAGCGAGUGAAAUCGAAAUCUGUGGAGCUUUGAUGGAAGAAGAUGAAGAUGCAUAA